CUUACAUAAUCUACAUGCCCAGAGCUUCUUGCCCUUGAAGUUUUUAGCGACGCUCGGAGCGCCAAGGAUGCGCCCAGCGUCAGCGGCCAACAGGGCUGCUGGGCUGCCCAGCAAGUUAAUGUUGUAUCUGGUGCUCUCGCUGGCUUGCCUACUCGCGGCGAACGCGCAGCGCACAUGCAACACACAUUCGGACUGCGACGGCACCAGCAGCAAGAGGUUUUGCAACAGCGUGCCAUUCGGCCGGGUGAAUGGAGUUUGCGAGGACUGCUGGAAGUGCUGCCUGUUCCCGGACCGGUUUAACUUCACAGCGACAACCAAUGCAAAUGGAAAUGUGGUCGCCGGGGGAUGCUCUAUUUCGUGCGGCUGCAACUCCGGGUCGCAGUGCACGGCCAACAGCCAGUGCGCGCGCGGACUGUUCUGCAUGAAGAGCGGACUGAGCCCCACCGUGUGCGCGCCCUGCACGCGAUGUACCGCGGACUCGAUGGCGACAGACCCCGCUGGCUGCGCCGCCGCCUGCCCCGCCGGUCCGCUGGCGUCAGUGCUGGGAGCCGCGCCGCCUGGCGGCUACGACCCCGAUCAGGUCGCUGCGGUGACCUUUUGGUCGUUUGCGCUGGCGCCGUGGCGGGAGGUCGGCUACAACCGGACAAUGGUCAAGGCCACGGAGCUGGUCGCACUGCUGUCCAACGAGAGCUACCUGUCCAAGCCGGUCAACGCCUCGUUUGACUACAACACCACCUACAUGCGCGAGGCCGUGCGCACCGUGUACUCCACCGCGCAGCUGCCCAUCACGGCCGCCGCCGUGCCGCUGGCGGCCGUGGCGGAGACCUUUGCUGCCGGCGGCCGCGCCACCCUGUGCCCCAAGCUCAACUCCUCCGCCCCCGCCGACGCGCUGCCCCGCGUCACCGGCCCCGGCUGCGCCUGCAACCUCACCAGCGACCCCGCUGCCAACCGCUGCCCCAGCGGCUUCCGCUGCUCGCGCUCCGGCUACCUGGCGCUGAGCGCUGACGUGCUUGUGGACCCGGUGUGGGCGGCGCUGGGCGGCGUGUGCGUGCCGUGCGACGCCGGGCAGUACUGCGCCGAGGGCGUGUACGUCAAGCCCUCCCAGGAGGCCGCCCGCCUGAAGCACGACCUGGACUGCCCCGCCGGCAGUUACUGCCCCUCGCCCGGCCAGAUCAUCACCUGCCCCGCCGGCUACUACUGCGGCCAGCGCGCGCAGUUCAAGACCACCUGCAACUACACCGACCUCAUCUCCACACCCGAGGCACUCAUCCCGCAGGACGGUGAGACCGACAUUAUCACGCGCCUCAAACGCAACCGCGAGCCCAUACGCGGCAACUACUGCCCCGAGGGCUCCAGCAAGCCCAGCAUCGUGUGCGAGGGAGGGUACUACUGCCCCAACGCCACCUCGCAGAUCAUCUGCCCGGCAGGCUACUACUGCAAGCCCCAGUCCAUCUACCCCGUCGCGUGCCCACCGGUGGUGGCCUGUCCCGAGGGCACCGAGUCACCCGACGGCCGCCCCCUGGCGGGCCUCAUCUUUGCCUUCAUUGUGGUGGGCAUGUACCUGUUGUACUGGGUGACAGAGCUGGGCAUGUGGGUGGGCGAGCGCAUCAUCCGCCACCUUUCGCUGGUGGCGCGAAUCCGCAAGAACCUUGCGAACCUGGGCCAGAUUGCCGGCAUCACAGAGACGCAGACGGAGGAGCACAAGGAGAUGGAGAAGGUGCAGGAGGCGGCGCGCGCCCGCAACGAGGUGGGCUUCCAAAUGGCCACCAUGAAGACCAGCCCCUGGUGGGAGCUCAACGAAAACACCAACAUCCGCUUCCGCGACGUACGCGGCCGCAUGCCCAAGGGCAAGGAUAAGGGCGGCCAACUGGAGGGCAUCACAGGCUUCUUCGAGGCGGGCAAGCUCAGCGCAAUCAUGGGCCCGUCCGGCUGCGGCAAGACCACGUUGAUCCUGGUGCUGUCGGGCCGCAUGCCCGCGGCCGUGUCCGUGUUCAACGACGAGCACGAGACGGUGGCGCUGACGGAGACGCGCUACCGGCGCAAGCUGGGCUUCGUGCCGCAGGACGACAUCCUACACGCCGACCUGACAGUGCGCGAGAACCUGGAGUACAGCGCGCGCCUGAAGCUGCCCCAGACCGUGCCGCGGGUGUAUCGCCACGGCAUCAUCGACGACACGCUGCGCAUGCUGGGCAUGUACGACAAGCAGGACCGCCUCACAGGCAGCGUGGAGAACAAGGUCAUUUCGGGUGGUGAGCGCAAGCGUGUGUCCAUCGGUGUGGAGAUCGUGGGCAAGCCGCCCAUCUUGUUCAUGGACGAGCCCACCUCGGGUCUGGACGCCGCGCGCUCCUCUGAGCUGUGCACGCUCAUGUCCAACCUGGCCGCCGCCUCCAAGACCAACAUCAUCGCAGUCAUCCACCAGCCCCGAUACAGCUCCUUCAUCCUGUUUGACAAGCUGAUGCUGUUGGCGCCCGGCGGCAAGAUGUUGUUCCAGGGGCCGCCCACGCUGUGUGUGCCCUACUUCCGCAUCCUGGGCUUCCACUUCCCCGUGGAGGAGAACCACGCCGACACGCUGCUGGACAUUGUGGCGGAGCCCAAGAUGACAUCCGACCGCGGCAUCCGAGUGGAGGAGCUGCCCAUCGUGUGGCACUCCAAGGGCGAGGCCUGGCUGCACCGCUUCUCAAACCCCGUGGAGCGCUUCCGCCGCGCCGUACAGGCCAUGCUGCUGUCCAACCGCAUGACACGCAUUGCCAAGAGCGCCAUGCGCCCCCAGGGCACCGGUGCUGCCAACGUCACCACCAACGCGGCGGAAACCAAGGCCAUCGCCAGUGCCGUGGGCGAGGCCAAGCGCCCGGUGAAGCUGCUGCCUGACUGGAGCACCAAGAAGCACAAGCCCGAGCGGGACGCGCUCAAGACCGGCAGCCCCGAGCGCAACGAGUGGCUGGCGGUCAAGCUGACCAAGCUGUUCCCCAAGCACGCGGAGGAGGGCGCGGCCAUGGAGAAGCAGCGGCAGGCGCUGGAGGGCUACGAGCGCGGCUUCCACAGUGAGACCAGCUCCACGCCCACCGAGUUCUCCAACCCCGACACCAUCUCGGAAUCCGGAUCCAGCGAGGACAUGGGCAAGAUCCUGCUGCUCAAGUACCCCAACAGGGGUGACAACAUCAAGGACGAGCUGGCGCAGACACGUGCCGGCCACAUCAACAACUGCGACCCCCGCAAGUGGUUCAAGGGCUGGAAGGAGGGCAUAAUGUGGGAGUUUGUGCAGCUCAGGUGGCUGGUGCACCGCAACCUGGUCAAGUCCACUCGCGCCUUCUGGCCCGGCACAGUGGUGGACGUGCUGCUGCUGCAGGGCGCUGCCUUCAUCGUGGGCGUGAUCCAGGGCUCCAAGUGGGGCCUCAGCGCCGUGCCCUCCAACGUGGUCAUGGCCUACCUGGUGCUGUCCGUGCUGUCCACCGUGACGCACCUGCGCACCUUCACCACCUUCCGCACCGUGCAGCUGCGCGAGCGCAUGUCGGGCGUGUCGGUGUUCGCAACUUUCUUCGCCUCCAACAUCACCGACCUCGGCUGGAUUUUCUUGUCCCCCGCCGUCUACUUUGCCAUCUACUAUUUCGUGACGCUGCCGCGAAACUCGUUCGACUACUUCUACAUCGUCGGCUUCCUGGUGUGCUGGUACAGCUCGGGCCUGUCUUAUGUAAUCAGCGUGAGCUCAAUUCCGCAGCAGGCGCAGCUGAUCACUGCGGUCAUCCUCACACUCAUCCUGGGAGCUUUCCUGCAUGGCAUGAGCCCCACGAUCAGGUCCAGCCGCGGCACGUUCCUGGAGGUGGUUCUGGGCAUCUCCUACAACCGCUGGGCCAUGGAGGCGUCCACCAUCGGGGAGUUCCGCAAGUACUUCGAGUACAAGUCCAACGAGAUCAUCAUGAUCUACUACGGCAUCGGCCUGUGCGAUAUGGACCAGAUCCUCAUCGACGACGGCAACGACUCCUUGUCGGUGGAGGAGGCGCUGUCCUUCGUGACGCUGCAGCGCGACUUUGAUGAGAACUACUGCAACACCUCGAUGAGCAACGCCUGCAUCAUCCUCUUCUGCAUGGGCCUGGGCUUCCGCCUCAUCGGCUUUGCGCAGAUGCUGUACCAGAGCCACGAGCAGUACUUCUCGAUUCUGCGCGAGCGGCUGUGGCACGAGUUCGAUGACCUGACCAAGAUUGGCGUUGUGAUUGCCUGGGUGGACCACAAGCGCAAAUCCAUUAUCACCUUUGUCCAAAAACUCUAUGCCAACCACCUUCGCGCCAUCGCCGCCAGUGCCGGCCAGGGCUUAAAGGGCGGCGUGAGCACAGUCGCGAGCAAGGCCGGAGCCGGUUUGUCCACGGUGGCGAAGGGCGCGGCCUCGGGUGUGAUGACUGUGGGCAGCGGUGUGCGCAGCGGUGUCAGCACUGUGGGGAGCGGCGUUCGCAGCGGCGUCAGCACUGUGGGCAGCGGCGUACGCAGCGGCGUGUCAACUGUGGGAAGCGGCCUGUCGACCGCCGCCUCUGGCUUUCGCGACGUGGUCGGGCGCGAGGGCAGCGCCUCCAACAAGGGGGCGGCGGGCUCGCCGGCUGGCAGCAUGCAGCGCACCGGCAGCGCUGCCACGGCGCCGCCGGAGGUGGCGGCGCCGCCGUCGCGCACCGGCACUGGCACCCACGCCGGCACUUCGCGCUUCGCGCCGUCGGGUCCCCACACCUCGUCCAACGGCGGCGGCCCUGCUGGCGGCUCGAACGGCGGUGCGGCCUCUGGCUCGGCCACCAACGUGUAAGGGACAGGAUGCGCGCGUGUUGGGGCGUACCAAUGGAAGGGCGGCGCGCGGAGCCGUGCAUGAGAGGAUGUGAUUGGGAUUGUAUGUGCUGCUAUCUUAUCUCACUUGUAUGACAAUAGCACUUCCUUUUCCUGCGAGCAUGAGCGUGUUGGCGGGUGAAUACACAAUACCAAUGGUGACCACGGGGCUUGGAUGCCGUAGCCAAUCCCAGGACGACUGAGCGGACUUGCAAGGUCUUGGAUGUGUGUAUGUUUGAACUUGAAAGGGCGGGAGCUUAUAAGUGAUGAAAUUAUGUUAGUUGUGCCCCGGGAGUCUAGUUAUUGUACAGCGCGCUCCGGCGGUAGGAGCAGCAUCGCGUCGCUAGCUUGGUGAAGGGGGCAUGGGUUGAUGGGCUUUUGCGACCGAUCCCACGGGUGCGGGUAUGCCUAUAACGGUGCCGAUUCGACCUUAGUGUCUGAGGCAAAAGACCUCGGUUUGCCUGAAUGCCUGCCCUAUGUCUGGUGAUACUUCUGCUCAGUGGGGCUUCAGUGGCCAGAUGGACGCACUUCCAUUGACGCUGUCAAUGGCUCAAUGCUCAUGAACGUCUUGUGUGUAUAUCAGACUUUAUUUAUGCAUGAGGCGCGUGUGACAUCGGUCCGAGUGUAGUCAGUGCAGGGCACUGCAUUGAAGGUCAGUAGCUCUGGCAUGGGUUGCCCGUCCUUCUGUCCAUGCGCUUUCAGUCGCUUUCUGAAUGUGUGCGGAUAAUUUCCAAAAUAGAGCCGGAGGGCCUUGUACAGAUGCCAGUUCGACUUGCCGGCAGGGUGUAACAGUACUGUCCA